UUUGAUUCCUGUGCCUUUUAGUAAUAGUGUUUUAACUUAAUGAAUGUUAAAAUGAGUUGUACAAAAGAGGAAAUUGAAAGGAAACGUCUAGCUGCAUUACAGAAACGACAGAAUAAAAGUGAUCAAAAUCAAUCUCCAAAUAAUUCUACAAUUGAAAGCACUAAAUUAUCAAGAGACACCACUCUAUGGCAUAGCCCAGGUCCUGUUAGGAAUUCACAUAACAAUAGUAGAAACUUUCAUCCAUAUGUUAAAGCAGGAAAUUCAAAUAAUACAGAAUCUCAGAACAUUGUCCCUGUGGGCAAGGUGGUGACUGGUACUGUGUAUUUGAUAUCUGAAGGUAGAUUUGAAGUGAAUCCUUCAGAGUUUUGCACACCACUUGUUAAUGUAUUUAAAACAAUACCUUCUAAAAGUUAUGAUGCAAGUACAAAGUUAUGGAAUUUCUCAAUAAGUGAUUAUAAAGAUCUGAUGAAUAAAGUGGCACACAUGGCCCCCCAUAUAGUGCUGGGUCCACUACCACCAUAUGUCUUGAAGGUUCUGAAUGAGGAAAUGUUGGACAUAAACUCUGUUGACAUAUCACCAAUAGAAUCUACUAUAAGACACAAGUUGAUGCCAUUUCAAGAACAAGGAGUCAGAUUUGGCAUAUCACGUCGUGGACGCUGCAUGAUAGCUGAUGAUAUGGGCUUGGGCAAAACGUUUCAGGCUCUUGCCAUAGCCAGCUACUACCGACAUGACUGGCCACUACUUGUAGUCACUACAUCCUCCAUGAGAGAGACAUGGCAAACCAAGAUCCAUGAGCUUUUACCUUCGGUGCCAUUAAUGAACAUAGUCACGUUAACUACAAGCAAAGAUACGCAACUCGUGGCGGACAAACAUACAGAAGUUGUUAUUGUUAGUUACAAAAUCACUGGAAUGCAUACAGAUCUGUUGAAGAGCAAGAAGUUUGGUGUAGUUAUUAUAGACGAGUCGCACUACUUAAAGUCUCACAAAGCUCAAUGUACGGUGGCUCUGAAUAGCAUCACGCGGCAGUGCCGGCGAGCUGUCCUGCUCAGUGGCACACCUGCUCUGAGUCGGCCCGCAGAACUCUACACACAGUUGGCGCUCAUUGAGCCGGGCCUCUUUGGUUCCUACACAGAGUAUGGUAAACGUUACUGCGCCGGUAAACAAACAAAUUUCGGCUGGGACAUGACAGGACAGUCCAAUUCGACGGAGUUACAAAUAAUUUUACAAAAGAAAUUCCUCAUCAGGAGGACUAAAGAACAAGUGCUGACUACCCUCGAAGAGAAGACUAGGGAAUCAAUACUAUUGGACCAGACAUUACUACAGUUCACCAACAAGAACCGAGAGGAACUGUCGCAAAUGGCGGAGAAAUACAAAUCAACCAAGUCUGGGGAUAAGCACACAGCACUUAUCAAUUACUUUAGCGAGUCCGCCAAAGUUAAAAUACCGGCUAUUUGCAAGUACAUUAGACAGUUGCUAGCGGAUGGGAGUACCGGCAAGUUCCUGGUGUUUGCUCACCAUCGCAACGUGAUUGAGGCGGUGUGCCUCACGCUGGACGAAGAGCGGAUUAACUACAUCUGCAUAGUAGGCUCCACGCCGGCCAACACCAGAGCGGACCUAGUGGACAGGUUCCAGCACCGCGAGUCGUGUCGGGUGGCGGUGCUGUCCAUAACUGCAGCCAGUGCUGGUCUCACGCUCACAGCGGCUGAUCUCGUACUAUUCGCAGAACUGCACUGGAACCCUGGGAUCCUGACGCAGGCGGAGUCUCGCGCGCACCGACUGGGGCGGCGCGGCGCGGUCGUGGCGCGGUACCUGCUGGCGGCCGGCACCGCCGACGACCUCAUGUGGCCGCUGCUGCAGGGGAAGCUCAAUGUAUUAAACAACGUAGGUCUCAGCAAAGACACGUUUGAAGACACCACUGUGAAACAUCAAGACAGCAGAAAUAAUAUAUCUCAAUACCUUAGUCCGAGUACUGUAAAAAACAAAUCAGAUUACAUUCCGGGCACAAAUAUACGAAAAAUCUCAACUGACACAUCGUGUAAUAUGAGUUUACAAACACAAAAUGGUGAUAAGACUGAUUGUAACGGUAUCUCUGAUGAUGAGAAACUUGCUGAUGCGUUCGCUGAAGACUCAUUUUUUGAUGAAGAAGGUGAUGAAUUAUUAGCUAACAUUGAUUUAUGAUGUACAUACUCAAUAAUUGUUGUUUUUUGCAA